AUGCUGCUUCGUUUACCAAAUGAACUGCUGCAAUGCAUCGCAAAGGAUCUGGAAUUCGCAGAGCAUAUAAAUGCGUUUGCUCGAACAAAUACCCGCCUUUACAAUCUCAUAAAUCCCUACCUUUACCGUUACGAUGUACAACAACUUGGAAGUUCGGCAUUAUUGUGGGCUGCAGAACAGGGGCAAGACGCGACAGCUCAAAAAUCGCUAGAUCAAGGAGCUAAUCCCCUAUCUCUAUCUGAAUUCGAUGAAACGCUGCUCGCGUUAGCAGCACGGAAUGGACACGAGGCCGUGGUCAAGCUACUUCUUGCAACAGAGGGAGUCAAUCCAGACUCCCAGGGUUCCGACGGACGCACACCCUUAUCGUGGGCGGCAGAAGAUGGGCAUGAGACAGUGGUCAAGCUACUGAUCGCUACGGAAGGCGUCAACCCAGACUCCCAGGAUUCUUGGGGAUGGACGCCGCUUUCGUGGGCCGCAAUGAAUGGCAAUGAGGAGGUAGUCAAACUACUGCUUGCCACAGAGGGCGCCAACCUAGACUCCGAGGAUUCCGACGGACGAACACCCCUGUCGUUGGCUGCAGAAAAAGGAUACGAGGCAGUAGUCAAGCUGCUACUCGCCACAGAAGGUGUCAACCCAGACUUUAAGGAUUCUGCGGGACGGACGCCCCUAUUGUGGGCGGCAAUGAAUGGCAAUGAGGAGGUAGUCAAGCUACUGCUCGCCACGGAAAGAGUCAACCCAGACUCCCAGGAUUCUAACGGACUAACGCCACUGUGGUGUCGGACAAACUACGAGAAUGGGAAUGGGACUAUAGGCAACUUCUACGCACGAUGA